CCGAUAACAACGCAAAUAACAGAAACAGUACAACGUCUAUAUGUCUCCUCUUUGCUAUGUCAAAGAAAUGAUGCCACCACAAUCACCGGUGGCAAUGGUGCCGCAGCAGUUGCUGCUGCUGCAUAAUUCAUACCUAUGCUGCUUCUGCCCACAACCUGCUACCUUCUGUUUGCUACCAAACAUCUUAGGCCGAUUGUGAUUACUGGGGUUGCAAUGUUUUGCACAUCCAUAUACAUUUCUAUAUGCAUAUAUACAUAUGCACGCACUUAUACACCCAUGUAGAUGUAAGCCCCAAUACAUUCAUUUGUGUGUUCAAUUCAAUUCAGUCAUAGUCGUUCACACCAACAGGAAUGAGUAGAUGCAGACGAGUCUAAACUUUAGCCGCCUUUCGUUGGCAAUAAUACGUUGAAUGAGUGAACUUGCUCAACCUUACUGGCACUCAGCACAUUCGACAGAACGAACACCACGCCUCCCUAAUAUCAAAAGCGAUAAACGCACAUAUCGAUUCACAAUUAAUGUGAACACUCAAGCAAACCAGUGACUUAAUAUGGCAUGCUUUAUAACCUUCUGUGCAGUUUGCAAAAAUUAAUUUCCUCCCUUAAGAACCGCAGUACCAUACGUGCAAGCAAGAUAGAUCUAUAGCAUUUAAGGUCUAUAGUAUAAAAGCAGCCAUAAGUAGUGAUACAAUAUUACCAAUCGUUUGCGAUUCCAAAAAUAAAGGACGUCUAUAUGUCUGCACUGUGUGUGCGAAUGCUAUAGCUAUCUUUUGGCCAGUCUGAGCUGAAAUUGGUUUCACUCAUUGCAUAGCUGGUCACUGCCAGAAAACAGAAAAAGUGCCGCACAAGCAUUAGUCGUCUCACAUUCGAAGAACGGUGAACUAGAGGAAUUUUAUGUAGUGUUGCGCGCAUGACUCAACAAUGGAAUUGAGUUCGAAAUUGUGAAUGUGCUCUCCGUACCGUGUUUUGAAUAGCCCCGACUAACGAGCGCAACGCACCGCAGAAACGAUCGAAUCACGGUAGUCAAACAUAACGUCCCAAAACCACUCACGACAAAUCAGUUUCAAACGUCCAGCUUGGGUCGCCAGUGUAUUUUGAAACCAUUGAAACGGUUUGAGCGUAAAAGAAACCGGCCGUGGGUGUGUGAUCGGCUACGUGUGUCUGUGCGUUGAUUAAUAUAUUAAAAAAAUAAUUCCCGCCGCAAUCUAUCCAAAAUAUUAUAUGCACAUACGUAAAUACAAACAAAAUAAUUAGUGGAAACAAAUAAAUUAUUAACAAAAUAAUGAAGUGUACAUACAUAUAUGUAUAUGAAUAUAAAGCAUAUGCGCUAAUCAUUAUAGACAUGCAUUAGUAAUGCUUAUAGUGACUACACCAUUCUGUCCCGAUUAUUUCGAAUAUUUUAACUUCAAAAGGGGACCACUUAAAAACCCAGCUACAAAGGUAUAAAAACGUGGAUAAACUGGGCCAGAAGAAGUGUUUCGUACAGUGAGACGACGCCGCAAGUCAAAGUGUUUGAAAGUGAAAUUUGUUACUUUGAAAAACUACAUACAUAAAUCGAAUAUACUCACAAUAUAUUGAUGGUUAAAAAGCCUGGAUGAAUGAAACAGCGUUUUGGGUAUCUGAAAAAUCAGUUCCACAAUUUACCAGAGGUGUCAGCUGUCACAUCUCGAAAUUUUACGUGGAUUCAGUUGUAGUGGAAAAAUCACACUUUAGUACGAGAAUUAUUUUUGUGGUUCUGUUGAAAAGACGAGCAUUAACUCAGUUAUUAAGCAUACUUGACAGCAAACCUUGAGAUAUUCCAAAAGACGCACAUGGGCGUCUGCACCGAAGAGCGCCCUGUGAUGCAUUGGCAGCAGAGCGCAAGAUUUCUUGGGCCAGGUGCGAGAGAAAAAAGUCCAACCCCACCUGUAGCACAUCAAGGGAGCACUCAUUGCGGCAGUGCUGCAGGUGUAAAUAACAAUCGUCUACUUUAUCGAUCCUGCUCUUCCUGUCCAGAACUUUGUGACCACAAUACAAAGCCUUAUAGCUCGACGUUUAAUGAGCCAUUUAAAAGCUAUGAGGUCGCUGACCGCACACUAUUUAGCGAAACUGCACUAAAAUACGUACUAAGUCGAGCGCGGCCUGACUGCUUGGAAGUGAAUGAGGAAACUACCUCGAGAAUAUCCUUUAAAACGGAGCCAUUCGGCCCACCAAGUAGCCCGGACUCCACAAAUGAAACACCAAAUCUGCCUCGAAACCUAGAAGAUUGCGCUGGUUGCGGUCGAUUCAUACAGGAUCGUUUCUACCUCUCUGCAGUUGAUAAACGAUGGCAUAUCAAUUGUUUACAAUGUCAUGCUUGCCGACUACCGUUAGACCGAGAAUCGUCCUGUUAUUCGCGAGAUGGAAACAUUUACUGCAAGAAUGACUAUUAUAGCUUCUUUGGGACGAGGCGAUGUUCAAAGUGUCGCGCAUCAAUUAGUUCAACAGAAUUAGUGAUGAGGGCCAGAAACUUAGUGUUUCACGUAAAUUGCUUCUGUUGUACGAUGUGUAACGCGCCAUUAACCAAAGGUGAUCAAUAUGGAAUUAUAGAUGCCCUCAUAUACUGCAGAACUCAUUACAGCAUUGCUCGCGAAGGCGAUUCAGCGUCAACAAGACUUGGAGGCCCAUUCCCUUAUUGCGCUGAUUUUGAUUCGCCACAAAAUGAGUCCUCAAGUCCACAUUCAGAUCCCUCUCGUAUUGUUCCUAGUGGCAUAUAUAUGCCAACUUCACAUGUAAUCUCAGGACUAACGCAGGCGCCGCGGCAAAAAGGCAGACCUCGUAAACGGAAACCUAAGGAUAUUGAAGGACUCACUGCCAAUAUGGAUUUAAAUACGGAAUAUCUAGACUUUGGACGUGGAUCUCAAAUGACUGCUUCUCGAACGAAACGGAUGCGAACCUCUUUUAAGCAUCACCAAUUGCGUACGAUGAAGUCUUACUUUAAUAUAAACCAUAAUCCGGAUGCAAAGGAUUUGAAACAACUUUCCCAAAAAACAGGGCUGCCAAAGAGAGUUUUACAAGUAUGGUUUCAAAAUGCUAGAGCAAAAUGGAGGCGUAUGAUGAUGAAGCAAGAUGGCUCCAGUAUGCUAGAAAAAGGUGAUGGAUCUCUGGAUUUAGAUAACAUAUCUGCACAUAGUCCUACUUCUUUCAUGAUGGGCGGCGGUAGCGGCUCCCCUCAGCAUACCAUAGAGUAGCAGAUAUGCCCAUUACUGCUUCCACACAGAGAACUUUGAGCUAAUCAGUAUGCUUAUGUUGUUGCUUUAUAAAUAAUACAGCCGUUUCAAUAGUCGUAGCUGUAGUCUAGAAUUUAGAGCACCCGGUUUUGCGCAAGCGCACGACUCCAAUGCAAAAACCACGGCAGGGAAUUUACCGCCUACACACGUAUGUAUUCAAGCGAAUACACACAUCCC